AUGUGGGCCGAGUGGCCGUCGCUCUCGUACACGCCGCUCACGAUCGCCUUCAAGGCCGCGGGGAGUCCGCCAUGGCUCAACCCGCUCUAUUUUCGCUCAAUUUCCGUUGGAAGCGACCUUUGGCGCCAAAAGUACCUGUACCCAAUGAUAUUUGAUAUGCUCUACAUUCCGCUCACGUCGACGCUCGUGCGCCUCGCCACGUGUUCCGACGGCUACGUUCAGAUUGUGCUGCCCAGUGGCGCCACGUGUGCGUGCAUUGAUCAUUUUGGCUACUUUUGGGGGGUCGGUCUCGCUGGAUUUGUCGCGUUGUACCUGUCGGCGCUCCGGUACAAGUUGUACACUGAGCCAUUGGCAACCACCAUGGACUUUCGGUUCCAGACCAGUUUCCAGAUCAUCAUGGUCAUGGCCCGCACACUCAACCCAAUUGUGUCGAUGCUCGUGAGUCAGCUCGACAUUGAGCAACACCCGGCGAUCGGUAGUGGCAUUGCGCUCGGCUUUCUUUUCUGCAUGACACUGCUCUUUUGCUACAACUACAAAGUUCAGCCGUGCAUCGGCAGCGGUCGCCUCCCCAACAACAUUCGCGCGCUCACGUUCAGCAGCGCCAUGUACGCGUCACUGGUCGUCCUCGCGUUUAUUGGCGCGUCGGCACCCAUCACAGACCUUUACUACGCCCUGACGCCACUGCCGCUUCUCUGGCUCACCGUGUGGCGUCUCAACAACCGACGCGCAUUGCAGUUUCACAUCCCCGACAAGAGCAUUCUCGGACUAUUGAGUGACGCGACGUCGUCGACGUCGCGGGCCGUCGGGACGAUCGCGGCGCUGUACAUGGAUCCGUCCAAGUUGCAUCCAUUGCAGUACAAUGCCCUCAUGGGCCGACUGCAGCAGCUGGUGGAAUCGCCCGAGUCACUGGACCCGUCCAUCCGAGUCAUGGCGCUACGCAUUCUCUGGUUUAGUCAUAUUCAGGCAUUUCGGAAGCAAAAAGCUCCAAUCGAAGAGGUUGGAAAGACGAGUGCCAUCCCGUUCAAGCACUACCUUAAAGACGUUGAGAAUGCGCAUCGUACGCCGAGCGUCGCGUCAUCGAGUAGCCCGCCAACACAGCCUGUCAAGCCGAGGAUUAAAGGCGUGUGCAUCAAGAUCCACCGCAUCCAUCACGUUAAAGAGCCCGACGUUGCGCAGUCCAGCUUGCUCAGAAAUAAUACCUCCAGCGUGAGCGCCGUGGCACCGUGUGGAAGCCGACCAAGCUCGGAGAAUCUCUUUCACUUGAUUUCGAUCCGUGGCAAGCGCUGGCUGGCCAAGGACGAGACCCCAGAAGAUGCCGUGUCGGGGCUCGCACACAUUUUCUCGCUUGGCGUGGAUACGCUUCGGGAUGCUUGCAUGCAACAGCACAAGACCGCGAUGCAAGACAGCGCGCGGUUCCUCCUCGAGUGGUACAAGGCCCGGUACGUGCGGCUCUCUGGUGGCACGUAUCUGCGCGCACUAUCGGCGCUCUGCAGCACGAGCAGCGCAUGCUCCAAGCACGUGCUGGAUGUCGUUCACUCGCUUCACAAACUCACACUGGAUGGACGACUCACUCCGUCCCUUUGGUUGCGCGACGUCGAGUGUCUGAGCUACAUUAGCAUCGGACUAGACGCGCCAAGUGCCUCGACCGUACGCAAGUGUGCGUGGAUGAUGGCGCUCGUGCUCCAAGUCGCCGAGGCCGACCGAACGAGGAAUCCCUGUGUGCUCUUGACGCCAGACGCGAUGCACCGCGUCUGCGCCGGCUUGCGUCGAUGGACCGACGACUAUAUUAUUUGCGCAACGCUCGAAAGCGUCGCGACCGAGACAAUGCCGCGCUCGACGUCGUCGCUUCCCGAGAUCGUCAUGGUCGUCGACCUUCUCGAAUCCGUCGAGUUCAAGCCGAACAGCAUGGACCGUGCUUCGAAGCGAUCACUGGCGCGCACCGAGGGCUUGAGCCUCGUGGCGCCUUCUGUCCUCAAGGAAGUCGAGUACCGACGGGCGACACGACGGGAGCUCGUGGAGCUGCUCCGCCGAACACAAGCCUUGCACGAGGCAGCGCAGACGCCAGACUUGAGGAUGCGAGGACGCAACGGCCCAGCACAUCGCCGCUCCCGCGCGUACGAUCUCGCCGAAGCACAAAUGUCCCUCGUCAUGCUGUUCACCAGCGCAAAACGGUGUGCGCUCGACGACUACGUGGCCAACGGUCUUGAUGACGCGCUGCGUACAUUUUUUGAAGCCAACAUUCGGCCGCUCCUCGAGAACACGACGCUAAAAUUACCGCGCGAGCACAAGCGGUGGUGGCCUUGCACAUAGCGUCGUCGUCACUCUAGCGUAGCCCAUUGAAAUGCACCGUACGGAGCCAUUGUUUCGGUCGUGACCAGUGGGACUCUGGGAU